AUGUACGCUAAGGAAUUGGAAGUGGCCACGGAGGCCGUGCGUAAGGCCUCCUUUUUGACGAAGAGGAUCCAGCAGCAGAUCAUCUCGCACAGGGACACGACGACGAUCACCAAGAGCGACGACUCGCCCGUGACCGUCGGUGACUACGCCGCACAGACCAUCAUCAUCAACACCAUCAAGUCGUACUUUCCUCAGGACUCAAUUGUAGGGGAGGAGAGCGCGAAGGGACUGGAGGAGUCCUUCCUGCAGCAGAUCCUCGACACGAUCGAGUCGCACGAACAGAAUUUCCAAAGGGAGUUCCCCAGCGAUUUCAAGUACACUUCGAGGGAGUACCCGCUAAAGACAACGCAGGAUGUCGCUCGUGUGAUCAACAUGGGCGACUACGAAGGUGGUUCCACGGGGAGGUUCUGGUGCCUGGACCCAAUUGACGGGACUAAAGGGUUCCUCAGAGGAGAGCAGUUUGCCGUGUGUCUCGGGUUGAUUGUCAAGGGUACCGUCACCGUUGGGUGUAUCGGCUGUCCAAACCUCACUCUGGCCAACUACGGCGGUGUUGACGAGUUGCCCGGGUUCGAUUCCUUCGGGUACAUCUUCCGUGCCGUCUCUGGUGCAGGUGCAUUCUACAGCUCCGCAAGGGACCACGAAAACCACUGGGUGCAGGUGCACUCGCGUUUUCUGACUAGCACAGACGGUAUGAUCACCCUCGAAGGGGUAGAGAAGACGCAUUCCUCGCACGACGAGCAAUCGACGAUUAAGAGCAAAUUGGGAAUCACGAAAUCCGUCCAUUUGGACUCGCAAGUCAAGUACUGCAUCCUCGCUCUCGGGCUCGCGGACCUCUACUUGCGUCUGCCCAUCAAGAUGUCCUACCAGGAGAAGAUCUGGGACCAUGCCGCGGGAAACGUGAUCGUGCUUGAGGCUGGUGGGGUCCACACGGACUCCAUCGAGGGAGCCCCACUGGACUUCAGCAAGGGCAGGACCCUCCUGUCCAAGGGAGUCAUCGCUUCGUGCGGGCCGGGUAGUCUGCACAGUUCCGUCGUCGCGGUCUCUAAGAGCGUCAUUGAGUCCCGCCAGGUUUGA